UGCCGUAAAUCAGCCAUACAAAAACUACCCUGUUGUUACUCCAUUUUCACCGUCUUCGUUCCAGUUCCACCCUAGCUUUUUGUUCCAUCUUUGUCCAACAUCUUCCUUAAUCCUUCACUCCAAACUUCAAAGUCCAAAUUAACUGCUUCAAUUUCUCCUGCAAUCUCGACAAGAGAAUUCCUACUAUUUGCUCUCCUGGUAUGCUACCCAAUUUCUCUACAAUAAUACUCAAGUUUACAUUAUAUUAUAGCACAUUAACACUAUUUCAGCGCAUUCACUUUGUCAAUCACUUGCUUGAAUUUUGUCUUUCAAUUUUACAAAGAUUAUGUCUUUCUCUUCGAAUCCCAUAUUUCGGGUACCAUCAAAUCCUUCAAUUGACCCUAAAUCCUCAGUUUCUUUUGAAACAAAAUUCAACCCACUUCAUCAAUCACCCAGUUUAUCAAAACCCACUUCUCGAUUUCAAAUUAAUUGUACUAUUCGAAAGAUUAAAGAAAGAAUUAAUACUGUAAAGAACACCCAGAAAAUUGCAGAAGCCAUGAAACUUGUGUCUGCUGCUAAAGUUAGGAGAGCUCAGGAAGCUGUUAUAAAUGGCAGACCAUUUGCUGAGGCUUUAGCUGAUAUGUUAUACAAUAUCAAUGAAAGCCUUCAAUUAGAAGAUGUAGAUGUUCCUUUAGCUAGUGUUAGGACUGUUAAUAAAGUUGCCCUUGUUGUAAUUACUGGCGAACGAGGGCUUUGUGGUGGGUUUAACAAUGCAGUUAUUAGGAAGGCUGAAUCUAGGAUACUAGAAUUGCAAAAACUUGGGUUAGGUUAUACUAUCAUAAGUGUUGGUAAGAAGGGCAAUGCUUAUUUUUCGAGGCGGGUGCCUUAUGUGUCUGUGGAUCGAUUUGUGGAGGGGGAAGGAUUUCCAACUACGAAAGAGGCGCAGACGAUUGCUGAUGAUGUUUUUUCUCUAUUUGUGAGUGAAGAGGUUGAUAAGGUUGAGCUAUUGUAUACAAAGUUUGUGUCAUUGAUUAGGUCUGAUCCUGUGAUUCAUACCUUGCUUCCUCUUUCGCCAAAGGGGAAGGUCGUUGAUGCUUAUGGGAAUAGUGUUGAUGCAUUGGAAGAUGAGUUCUUUAGGUUGACAACUAAGGAAGGAAAAUUAGCUGUUGAAAGACAUAAAGCUGAGAAAAAGAAGCAAGAAGUGCAGCCUCUUUUGGAUUUUGAGCAAGACCCAGUUCAGAUUAUUGAUGCUAUGAUGCCUCUAUAUCUUAACAGCCAGAUACUGAGAGCAUUGCAAGAGUCAUUGGCAAGUGAGCUUGCAUCGAGGAUGAAUGCGAUGAGCAAUGCAACUGAUAAUGCUGCGGAGUUGAAAAAGACGUUAUCUAUUGCUUAUAAUAGAGAAAGGCAGUCGAAGAUUACUGAAGAGCUUUUGGAGAUUGUUGCUGGAGCUGAAGCUCUUAUACCAUUUGAUUAGCUUGGGAUUCUCCACUUUGAACUGACUUGGAUAGACUCUGCGAUAGUAUUCCUGAUAAGUUCCGCGACAAGCUCUUGUAAGUUGUAAAACUUGUAACUGAUAGAUACCACAAUACCAUCUGUGUCGUGAUCAGAAGCGCUCUUCCAUUAUAUUGUUCUCUCUUGCUCAUCAAGUGUGUGAACAUGUAUGGGGGUAUAUUGUUUUUGACACAUUAACUUCCCUUGAUACAUAGGCUUUCUAGAUAAAACUUCAGAGUAGGUUAUAAUUUAUAUCAUAAGCCUAAUGCUCAAAAAGUUUCUAGUACUUCUGAUGAACGAGAGCGAUCAGCUAAUCCGCUCAACCAAGAGAAUGACAGGACUAAUUUUUCACUACGUAAUUAGCAUGGAGUAUGCUUGUACCUGGCGAUAGCCAUAGUCCCCUCGACACUGACAGAAAAUUUGCUGUGUGUGGCUGCUGUGUAAUUCGACAUUGUUACAUGCUGUCGUCAUUUCUGUUUCUUUGUUCUCCACUCGUCUUUACACCCACUAUCUCCUCCUUAAGAGUGAAUAUUGCCUGUGAGUCUGUGACUAAGGGAACCUUAUAACUUUCUCGCUCAUUUAUGCUUUGUAGUCAGUAUGAUAAUUGAGUCUCCUAUAUAUUCAUAGCCUUUCUUCCUUUCCCUUGGCUUGCUGAAGAUAGUAUAUACUUGAUUCCUUGCAGUUCUUGAUGAUUUUGUUUUUGCAAUUCUGAGCAACCAUUGUCAGGA